AUGUUCUUAAUCCUCCAAGUCCCAGCUGGGAAAGGUUUAAUCCGUGCCAUUUGCAGCCGUAACUCCUUCAACCAAGACUUUGGGGCCCUGCCAGCGCUUUUUGGGCCUCCUCUCCCUGCAGAAGGGCUCACAGGACUCCUGGCUGAAGCAAGGCCUGAGAAUGCGUGCCAGCCCAUUAAAGGCCCACCAAACGCUUCCUCCUCAGCUUUCAUCGUGCUCAUCCGCAGGUACAACUGCUCCUUUGCCACAAAGGUCCUUCACGCUCAGCAGGCAGGAUACCAGGCUGCCCUUGUGCACAAUGUGAACUCCCAAACCCUUGUGAGCAUGGUGGGUGAAGCAGACGCCAAGCAGAAGAUCCGCAUCCCCUCCAUGUUCACGGCAGAUGCGGCUUCCGAUACCCUGAAGCGACUCCAUCGCUCUGGGAAACUGACCUCCAUGAUUUUGGUCCCUGAGCAUUUCCACUUCAGCUCAAGUGGUGCUUCUGAGGCUGCGCCCACGGCUGCUUCUGCCUGCAAGUGUCGCAUCCACUUGCAGGCUCCGUGUUCACAAAUUGUAACUCUCCACAUUCUCUGGAUGGCCUGCAUCCCAGUGUCUGCUGUGGUUGCCUCGUUGCUUAUUGAGAAAUAUUUAUCAGAGUGCAAAAAAUGGAAGAUGGUAAGAAACCAACCUUCCCAAAGAAAAGGGAAGGAACCAGUCAGCUUCUCAUUUCUCAGUUCCAAAUAUCAAGAGUGUGCUAUCUGCUUGGAAAAGUAUCAGGAAUACGAUAGCUUGAAAGUCCUCUCGUGUUCUCAUGCCUUUCACAGCCAGUGCAUUGACCUCUGGCAUAUCACCCAGGCCAGAAGGAAAACCUGCCCUCUUUGCAUGCAGAGGGUAACGGUGGUCACUCGCUUGCAAACUGUGAGGCUGUGGAAAGAGGAGUCAAGGGGCAGUGGGAAGAACCGGAAAUUUGGGCCUGGCAGGGCUCAGCCCAGUUUGGACCAACGAUACUGUUGGCUGACCACCCAACAGUUCUGA